AUGCUGAUCAUCUCCAACCGUCGCUCCAUCCUGGUCUAAAUCAACGAGACAUCGGUGGAGCGCCUGCCCGUGUCCGUGGAGAACGUCGUGGCCACCAUCUCGGACAUGAAGAACAACAUCAUAUACUGGUCUGACAUGAAGGUCAAGAAGAUCAUGCGCCUGGAGAAGGGCGGACAGCCGCAGGAGGUCAUCAGCAGCGGCCUGGACCUGGUGGAGGGCCUCGCCUUCGACUGGGUCACCGGCAACCUCUACUGGGUGGACUCUCGGCUCAGCGUGAUCGAGGUGGCCAACAAGAACGCCUCCAGUCGCAUCACGCUCAUCAACCGCGACGUGGACCAGCUGCGUGGCCUGGCGCUAGACCCUGACAAGAGCGCCCGUUUCCUGUUCUGGUCGGACUGGGGCACGCGGCCUCGCAUUGAGCGCGCUGGCCUGGACGGCUCCGAUCGUAAGACCAUCAUCAGCUCCAAGAUCUACUGGCCGAACGGCCUCACGCUUGACAUCCCCAACAAGCGGGUCUACUUCGCCGACAGCAAGCUGGACUACAUCGACUUCUGCAAAUACGACGGGACGGGACGACAGCAGGUGCUGGCGAGCAGCCACUACCUGCUGCACCCGCACAGCAUCGCCGUGUUCCUGGACACGGUGUACUGGACAGACCGGCAGCUGAACCGUGUGCUCUCGGCGCACAAGUACAGCGGCCACAACCAGUCGGUGGUGACGCACCUGGUCUCACAGCCGCUCAGCAUCCACAUCUCGCACGCGGUGCUGCAGCCGAGCGCGCCCGACCCGUGCGCGGACGCCAGCUGCCAGCACAUGUGCCUGCUGGCGCCCGGAGAGCCGGGCUUCGCCUGCAAGUGCCGGCCCGGCUACCGGCUGGCCGACGGUGGCCAGCGCUGCAUUGUCGAGGAGCGCGCCUUCCUGCUGCUCAUGGCCGGCAAUCGGGUGACGGAUUUGUCGCUGACGCCGGAGCAGCCGCGCACCGGCCUCCUGACGCCCAUCAUCGGCGUCGACAGCGCCACCAGCCUCGACUUCAACCACCAGUCGCAGACUGUCUACUGGGUCGGCAUGACCGAGACCGGCAUCGGUGGGGCCGACGAGAAUGGCACCAUCUACAGCCGGUCCGUGGCCGGCGGCAACGUGACCGAGUUCCUGGUGAACGGCAUCAUCGGCACGCCGCACGCCAUCGCCUACGACUGGGUCGGCGGCAACAUGUACAUCGGCAACCAGCUGGUCUCCAACAUAGAGGUGGUCAGCGCGCAGAGCAAGAGCCGCUACCGCAAGAUAGUGCUGGGCAACAAUGGCACGGCAGAAGGCGUCGGCAAGCCGGUGGCCAUCGUGCUGGACCCGUCCGAAGGCAAGCUGUACUGGGCCGACUCCGGCGGCGUCGGCGUGCCUCCCAAGAUAGGCAAGGCCAACAUGGACGGCACCGCCCUGCAGCUGCUCAUCAAGGACGUGACUCACCCGCUCUCGCUGGCCAUCGACAUCGAGACCAAAGUCAUCUACUGGAGCACAGAGAACCAGCCUUUCAUCAAGAGUGCCGGGGUGGACGGCUCGAACGUGAAGACCCUGCUGGACGCCGGGCGGGGCAUCGCCAAGCCGCGCAGCAUCGCCAUCUACGAGCAGCGACUAUACUACUUGGAUUCAGCGUAUGAACAGGUGGCCCGGCUGGACCUGCCAGAGGGAGACAACCGGAUUAUCCUGAUGAACAACACCGAGGCGCUCAAGGAGCUCAAGGUCUUCUCCAAACGGCCAGUGACCAGCAACCACCCGUGCCGGAGCAGCAACGGCGGCUGCCAGCACCUCUGCAUCCCGGCCAGCGAGGGCGGCCGCGUCUGCGCAUGCGCCGUCGGCUACCGGCAGGAGGGGGCGCUGCACUGCUCGGCGUACGACUCGUUCGCCAUCGUCAGCCAGCUGGACAUCGUUAGGGGCUUCAGUCUCACAGAUCACAACGAGGCGAUGACCCCUAUUGCCGGACCGGGUCACAACGUGCUCCACGUCGACGUGCUGGUGAAGUACAACUACAUCUACUGGGUGGAGUUCAACCUGCUGGGAAAGAACGGCAUCUACCGCGCGAGACCCAACGGCACGGAUCUGGAGGCGGUGGUGUCGACCGGCGUUGGAUCGAACGGCAUCCGUGGCAUCGCCGUCGACUGGAUCGGCGGCAACCUGUACUUCGCCAACUCGUUCCCCCACGAGACGUUCCUGGAGGUGUGCUGGCAGGACGGCAAGCAUCGCAUGGUGCUCAUGAAGACCACCAAGGACUCGCCGAAGGAGAUUGCCGUCAACCCCAUCAAACGCUACCUGUACUGGAUCGACUACGGGCAGAACCCGAAGGUGGCCCGAGCCAGGCUGGACGGCAGCGAGCCGGAGGCUAUCGUCACGAGUGGCAUCAGCCAGCCGCGAGACCUGACCAUCGACAUGCUGACGCACGACAUCUUCUUCGCCGACUCGAACAUGGACGCCAUCAUGAAGGUGGACUACAUGGGCAAGAGCCGCCAGAUGAUCCGCCGCAACCUGCCCAACCCGGUCGGCCUGGCCGUGCACCUGGGCAACCUCUACUGGGUCGACCGCAACCUGGGCUCCGUGUUCCGCGCCUCUAAGCUGGCCAGCAACACGACGGCGCCGCAGAUCCUCAAGUCGGGCCUGGAGAGGCUGCGCGACAUCACCGUGUUCGACGCCCAGAACCAGCCCCGUGGGCAAACGCCCUGCACGGGCGCCGGCUGUGAACAGCUCUGCUUCGCGCUGGCCGCCGGCGAAGGCAACCUGCUCAACGGCGGCUACAAGUGCGCAUGCGCCACCGGCACGCUGGCGGACGACAAGCGCCGCUGCGUGAAGAGCGAGGACUACCUCAUCUUCACGACGCGGACCGAGAUCCACAGCGUGCACAUGGACCCGAGGGUCAACAGUCUGCCGUUCGAGCCCAUUACUAACUUCACGAACGUGGUGAACAUCGACACGGACGUGGCGGACCGGCGCCUGCUGUUCACCGAGGUCAGCCCGCCGGACCGCAUCGGCUGGCUCUCCAUGGAUGUGCUACGCGCCGACAACGGCACCACCAUCAUCUCGGGCGAGAAGUCGGCCAUGGACCCGACCGGCAUCGCGUACGAUUGGAUCGGGAAGAAGGUGUACUGGGCCGACUCGCGCAACCACUCGAUCUAUGCCAUGAACCUGGACGGCUCGCACGUGGUCAUGCUGGCCAACGUGGAGAGGCCACGUUCUCUCGUGCUCGACCCCUGCAAGGGCUACAUGUACUUCAUCGACUGGAACAGGUACGGCUCGCGCGCCAAGAUAUUCCGCUCGACGAUGGCUGGCUCGUUCAAGACGGCGAUCGUGGAGGCGAACCUGACGCAGCCCUCCGGUCUGGCGCUGGACCGCCCCGCCCAGAAGAUCUACUGGACAGACCUGCUGCGGGAGAAGAUCGAGCGCGCCAGCGUGGACGGCACGAACCGAGAGGUGCUGAUCGCGGCCACGCUGUUCCCGUACGGCAUAGCAGUGCACGGUAACUUCAUCUAUUGGACAGACCUGCAGCUGCGCGGCGUCUACCGCGCAGAGAAGCACACAGGAGCCAAUACGGAGGAGAUCGUGGACCGUCUGGACGGGACGCCCAGGGACAUCCUGGUCUUCUCCAAGGACAACCAGAAGUGCGACCCCGAACUGAACCCGUGCUCCAUCAACAACGGCGGCUGCGCCCAGAGCUGCCACCCCAGCGUUAACAACACGGUGGAGUGCAAAUGCAACACCACCACCAAGCUGGUGAACGAGGGCAAGAUGUGCGUCACCACCGACCUCACGUGCGACAACCACAAGUUCGUGUGCGGCAACGGCAAGUGCAUCAGCCGGCUGUGGGCGUGCGACGGCGAGGACGACUGCGGCGACGGCUCCGACGAGGACGAGAACUUCUGCACGUUCCACACCUGCAGCCCGUCUGAGUUCCGCUGCGGCAACGGCCGCUGCAUCUUCAACUCGUGGAAGUGCGAUCAUGAGGACGACUGCGGCGACGAGACGGACGAGGCCGAGUGUGACUACCCGCCCUGCGACGAGGGCGAGUUCACCUGCGCCAACCACCGCUGCAUCGACAUGGAUGAGGUCUGCAACGGCGUCAACGACUGCCGUGAUAACAAGACGACGGACGAGUCGCUGGAGCGCUGCAGCAACACCACGACCACCUGCCCGACCAACCACCUCAAGUGCGAGACGACCAACAUCUGCGUCGAGCCGUACUGGCUGUGCGACGGCGACAACGACUGCGGCGACAACAGCGACGAGAAUGAGCUGCACUGCAAGGACCGUCACUGUCCGAACAACAGCUUCAGGUGCUCCAACCACCGCUGCAUCCCCGCCACCUGGCACUGCGACGGCGACGACGACUGCGGCGACGGCGCCGACGAGCCGGACGACUGCAAGUCGAAGGAGCGCACCUGCUUCGGCGACCUCUUCACCUGCAACAACGGCAACUGCAUCCCGCGCAUUUACAUCUGCGACGGCGACAACGACUGCGUGGACGGCUCGGACGAGGACGGCCGCCACGAGUGCAACAAUCGGCAGUGCUCCAAGGACGAGUUCCAGUGCACGGCCAACAAGGACUGGGGCCGCGCGCUGUGCAUCCCGCAGCGUUGGGUGUGCGACGGCGACCCGGACUGCGUGGAUGGCGCCGACGAGGACAGCGAGCGCGCCAACUGCACCACCACGCCCGACACGUGCACCACGGAGCAGUUCACCUGCGCCAACAAACGCUGCAUCAACAGCAAAUGGGAAUGCGACCACGACAACGACUGUGGCGACGGCAGCGACGAGAGCCGCGCCUGCAACGGCCGCUACCCCAACUGUACGAGCGACGAGUUCCCCUGCUCCAACGCCAAGUGCGUGCGCCAGGCGUACCGCUGCGACGGAGACGACGACUGCGGCGACUUCUCCGACGAGGCGGACUGCUGGAAAGAAGAGGCCGAAUGUCAGCCUGGCGAAUUCGCGUGUGGUGGCAAGGACGCGGAAAAGCACUGUAUCAACUAUGAGCUGGUCUGCAAUAAGGAGGAGGACUGCGAGAACGGUGCCGACGAACCACUGCACUGCAAUGUGGACGAGUGCGCCAAGACGGAGCUGCACCAGUGCGCGCACAAGUGCGUCAACACGCUCAUCGGUUACUACUGCGAGUGCAGCUCCGGCUACAAGCUGAUGCCGGACAAGCAGGCAUGCGAGGACCUGGACGAGUGCUCCGAGCGGGUCAGCGAGUGCUCGCAGAAGUGCUUUAACCAGCCGGGCACCUUCUCAUGCAAGUGCAAUGAAGAGUUCUACGAGCGCGAGCCGGACGGUCUCACGUGCAAGCGCCGCGACUCGAUCACGCCGUGGCUGGUUAUCACCAACAAACACUACGUACGCAAUAUCUCGACGGACGGCUCGCACUACGCGCUGAUGCACCAGCAGCUGCAGAACGUGGUGGCGCUCGACUUCGACCUGAAGGAGGACCGGCUCUACUUCGCCGACGUUGGCGACAAGAAGAUCCACCGCACACUGCGCAAUGCGAGCGGCGAGUUCUACGAGCCCAUCAUCUCGACUGACACGGGCGGCCUGGAGGGGCUAAGCGUCGACUGGAUCGGUCGCAAGAUCUACUGGCUCGACCGGAGUGAGAAGCAUCUGGACGUGGCCAACCUGGACGGCUCCAACCGGCGCACGGUCCUGCCGCACGGCCUGACCGAUCCGCGCGCCAUUGCCGUUCAUCCCGGCAUCGGUUACAUCUUCCUCACCGACUGGAACCUGCAGGCGUUCAUCGGCAAGAUCGGCAUGGACGGCAGCAACUUCACGCGCAUCCUCACCUUCAACGACAAGGUGAUCUGGCCCAACGCAUUGACCAUUGACUUCUUUGCCGAGAAGAUUUUCUGGGCGGAUGCGCACAUGGAUUACAUCGCGUACGCCGACUUCGAGGGGCGUGGCAAGCACGAGGUGAUUCAGGGCCAGAACGUACAUCACGUGUUCGCCCUGACCAUCAUGGACGACACCAUGUUCUGGACGGACUGGAACCUGAAAGCAGUGGUGAGCGCGCACAAGUUCACUGGUGGCAACAUCAAGAUCCUCCGCAACACAACGCACCGGCCGUACGACAUCAAGGUCUACCACCCGCUGCGCCAGCUGGCUUACGACAACCCAUGCGCUGAGGAUAACGGGGGCUGCUCACACUUGUGCUUGCUGGCGCCGGCCAAAGAUGGCGGCACGCGCGCACAAUGUGCGUGCCCGGACGAUUUCAAGCUGAUGGCCGAUGGGAAUACGUGCAUUAACAACUGUCCGAAACGGACGCACCGCUGCGGCGCGCCCGACGACAUCUGCAUACCCUGGUUCUCCAAGUGUGACGGCGUGCGGCAAUGCAAGGACGGCUCAGACGAGCACGGAUGCCCAGAGCGCGUCUGCCCCAUCGGACAGUUCCAGUGCAAAAACAACAACUGCACCUUACCGUCCCAGUUCUGCAACCUGAACGACGACUGCGGCGACAACUCGGAGGAGGAGAACUGCGCGAACGAGUGUCCGGAGCAUAUGUUCCGCUGCAAGAAGAACGGCUACUGCAUCAACAGCGCGUGGGUCUGCGACGGUGACGCCGACUGCCGCGAUGGCACCGACGAGGAAGAGGAAGAGUGCCACCACGGCAACUGCGACAAGGACACACAGUUCUCCUGCAAGAACGGCAAAUGCAUCGCCAAGCUGUGGUCGUGUGACGGUGAUAACGACUGCGGCGACGAUAGCGACGAGCCGGCACAUCUGUGCAGGCAACGCAACUGCACUGCCGGCUGGUCGCGGUGCCCCGGGUGGGCCAACUACCGGUGUAUACCGGACUGGCUGUUCUGCGACGGCAAGGACGACUGUCGCGACGGCAGCGAUGAGCUGGAGGAGAACUGCCCCAAGUGUGACAAAACCGAGUUCCAGUGCGACAACAAGCGCUGCAUCCCCGAGCGGUGGCUAUGCGACUUCACCAACGACUGCGGCGACGACUCGGACGAGGAGAGCGGCAUGUGCACCAACCGGUACCGCGAGUGCUCGGAGUCCGAGUUCCGCUGCGACAACGAGAAGUGCAUCCCGAGGCGCUGGCGCUGCGACCACGACGACGACUGCGGCGACAACAGCGACGAGGAAGACUGCUCCGGCUUUACUUGCCAGCCGAACCAGUUCCAGUGCGCCUCCGGCCACUGCAUCGGCAUGAAGUUCAAGUGCGACGGCGGCAAGGACUGCCACGACCUGUCGGACGAGACCGACUGUCCGCCGCGCUUCCCCGGCGGGCGCUGGUGCCCCGAGGACCAGUUCCAGUGCGCCAACCACCUGUGCGUCAGCAAACGGGACGUGUGCGACGGGAGCGACGACUGCUUCGACGCCAGCGACGAGCAGGACUGCCAGAGCCACGACUGUGAAGGCCUUCACCGAUUCCGCUGCGGUAACGGCAAGUGCGUGCCGCGUUACCAGCUGUGCGACCGGACCGACAACUGCGGCGACGGCUCCGACGAGAACGACCUGACCAUCUGCUCCGACCGACACCGCUACUGUCGCUACGGAGAGUUCCGCUGCGCCAACAGCCACUGCGUGGCCCAAAGCAAGCUGUGUGACCACGCCGACGACUGCGGCGACCACUCGGAUGAGCUCGGAUGCCACGCCGGCCCCGGCCAGGAGACCGCUCAGUGCGGCACCAACCGCGGCGGCUGCAGCCAGCACUGCACCGACAUUGCCGAGGGCACCGGCUACGUCUGCCACUGCUACCGCGGCUUCCGCGCCGCCACCGACAACCCCAAACUCUGCGAGGACAUUGACGAGUGCCGCGAGUUCACGCACAACUGCUCCCAGCUGUGCACCAACCUGAACGGCACGUUCUCGUGCAACUGUCGCCAGGGAUUCCAGAGCGAUGGUCUGACGGGAGUGUGCCGCGCCUUCGCUGCCAUCACCCUGCUCUACUCCACCGGCCCGGAGAUCCGCGGCUUUGAGCCGGCCGAGAGUCGCUCCCUGGAUGUGAUCCGAGGAGAGUCGCGAGUCGAGGCUGUCGACUAUCAUCCCAGCAAACACAUGGUGUUCUGGACGGACUCGUUCGAGAAGGCCAUCAAGCGCUCCUACAUCCCCGGCGACAAGGCUGAUGCCAAAAUCGGCUUUGCUCAAGAUCUACAAAUCAAGAGCAACGCCAAGCCAUCGGGCAUCGCGGUGGACUGGAUCGCCAACAACCUGUACUGGACCCAGGUGGACCGGUCGGGCAACAAGCCGCGCGGCGCCGUCGUCGCGGCCACCACCGACGGGCGCUACAAGCGCUCGCUCAUUGCCACCGGUCUGGAAGAGCCAGUCUCGGUGGCCGUCGACCCGGAGCACGGCAUCAUGUUCUGGACGGACGUCGGCAGCAUUCCCAAGAUCGAGUCGUCCUGGAUGGACGGCAGCAAGCGCCGGCUGCUCGUCAGUGACAAGGUGGAGCACCCGACCGGCCUGACCAUCGACUUCGCCAUGGGGCACACGGUCUACUGGGCGGACACCAAGCUGAACAUGGUGGAGGCGAUGCGGGAGGACGGCUCGCGGCGUCGCACCAUCAUCUCGGGCGACAGCCUGCAGCACCCGUUCUCGCUGGACGUCUUCGAGAGCUCGGUGUACUGGGUAACCCGGGACUCGGGCGACAUCUUCAGCCAGGACAAGUUCGGCCGCGGCGUGCCCGUGAAGGUCAAGGGGGAUCUGGCCAACCCGACCAGCAUCCGGGUGCUGCAGCCAUACCGAUACAACACGACUGUGGAGAACCGGUGCUUCCAGAGCCCGUGUUCCCACCUGUGUCUGCUGAUCCCGGGCGGCUACCGCUGCUACUGCCCGGACAACACCCAGCUUAGGGACAGCUCCGGCCGCAACUGCAACGCCGCUCUGGAGGCGGAGCGGCCGCGGCCGCUGGUCUGCCGCUGCCAGAACGGCGGCGUCUGCGUCGUGCCCGACGGCUCGUUCGAUGAGCCGAGCUGCGAGUGCGUCGACCAGUACAGCGGGCCCCAGUGCGACACCUUCGUGGCCAGGAAGCGCGUGCAGAAGGCCGGAGGGACGAACCCCGCCGCCAUCAUCAUCCCGGUGCUGCUUAUCCUGCUGCUGGUCGGAGCUGUCGCCGGCUAUAUGUUUGUCAAGCGACGCGGAGGGGUGAAGACGGUGACCGGCGGCCUGCCCGGCUCCACCAGCGUGUCGUUCCGGCCGGGCACCAACGUCGAAUUCGGCGCCAAUGGCGGCGGCGGCGCGGCCGAGGCGCCCAUGGAUGCCGGCAUUGAUCUGGUCGGCGUCGACAGCAAGACGAGAAACUUCAGCAAUCCCAUGUACGACACGAUGGGCAACAUAGAGGCCCACGCCGAUCAGGCGGCGUCAGCAGGCGUGUACGAGGUACCGACGGAGAUGAAACCGGACGCGGCCGUGCUCGCGCCCUCGAGCGUCGUCCACCAGUCGGCCGCCGUUCCGAUGGCGCGCACCCGCGAGACCAAGCCGGCCACCUUUGACUCCGGCAAAGAUACUCAGCAGCUAGUGGAGGACGACGAGUACGACUGCUAGUGACAUCUCCCGACGGGGCGCUGAACUUGAGCUGGUGCUGCGCGCCGACAGGCGAACGGACUGUGAGCUCGCCUGUUCGGUGGAGAGCGUGCGACGCGGCAGGCGGGGCGCGCG